UUUCUUGCCCGUUUGGUGGCUGUUGUGAAACUUGUAAAUCUUGCCUGUUGAAUCAAGCUAGCGUAUGUGGGUGAACAACUAAUAAUGACACAAAAUAUAAUUAAAUUAGGCAAAUGUUAUAAUGUUUACCCGUUUUAAUUACUUCCCAUUCAGAGCCUUGGGAUAAGCAGAGGUAAAAUAGUGCCUAAAUAAUCCAAUUUGUUCUUCAUGUUCGCUUUAAGAUCUGCAUAGUUUAUGACUCGGAUUACCAUCCCCAUCAGUCAUAUAUUGGGUCUGACGUUAUCCUCCCUAGCUUGUCUUCAGCCCCAGGUACGCGGGUUAAAAUUUUGAAGCCCUAUUUAUCUAUUCUGCCCUGCGACUAUUAAUAGCCUAUCAAGCGUUUAUUUCCCUUGCAAUCUAGUUCUGAUUUUCCAGCCUCCCCAUUUCCUUUUGUUUUCUCCCUUGUUACUUCCUUUUAUCCCAUAAUCUCCUUUCACUUCAAACUUUACGCUGCAAUCCUUUACUCCGAUUCUUCACAUCGACACCCCAUUAUUCAUCCACAAUCUUUUUUAUCAGCUGUUCUGUCACUACCCGGUGUUUUUAGCCUUGGUUUUCUUCCAUUACUUCUUAUCUACCACACUUUCUUUUUACCUCCGAAUCUCACCACAUAUUCAUAUCCCCCUCCCCUUUUUUUCUCUCUCUCUUAUUGCCUCCCCUUCGAUUUCCCUUCCACCGAGAGUAAAUUUCCAGGAAGCCUCAAUCCUGCCCCCCCCCCCCCCUCUCCAUCUUCGCGACAGCGGCGACGCUUCUCCUUUAAGUCCUUGUAACAACCUUCCUGGGCGUGGCUUCGGGGUCUGCGUGGUGGCGGCGGCGGCGGAGGGAGUACGGGGACUACUUACACUUCAGCUCCCGAGAGGUUAGGCCCUGACACCCCCUCCCCCCCCAAAGUCCUCUUGCCCUUGGUUUCGUCCUCUUGUGGCCAUGCCACUGGCCCGCAGCCUGUCAGUGACCUCCCUGUCUGGGUUAGAGGACUGGGAAGAUGAACUUGACCUGGAUAACGCCAUUCUUUUCGAAGUGGCUUGGGAGGUGGCCAAUAAAGUUGGUGGGAUCUUCACUGUUAUCCAGACAAAAGCCAAGAUUACACUGGAUGAGUGGGGUGAGAAUUACUUCCUGAUUGGACCUUACCUAGAAUUGAAUGUGCGCACACAGGUGGAGCUGAUAGAACCUCCCAACCCUGCCAUUCGCCGAACCAUUGACUCCAUGAAUACAAAAGGAUGUAAAGUUUAUUUUGGUCGCUGGCUGAUUGAGGGGGGACCCUAUGUGAUUCUCAUUGAUAUUGGGGCAACUGCCUGGAGCUUGGAUCGCUGGAAGACUGAGUUGUGGGAAAGCUGUUCCAUUGGGAUUCCCUGGUAUGACCGAGAGGCUAAUGACGCUGUGCUCUUUGGCUUCCUCACAGCCUGGUUUCUAGGGGAGUUUUCUGCACAAUGUGAAGAAAAGCCAUUCAUCAUUGGUCAUUUCCACGAGUGGUUGGCUGGUGUUGGACUCUUCCUCUGUCGGAUCCGGAAACUUCCAAUAGCUACCAUCUUCACCACCCACGCUACCCUGCUUGGCCGUUACCUGUGUGCUGGCAGUGUGGACUUCUACAACAACCUGCAGAAUUUUAAUGUGGACAAAGAGGCCGGAGACCGGCAAAUCUACCAUCGUUAUUGUAUGGAGCGAGCUGCUGUCCACUGCACACAUGUUUUUACCACAGUUUCUCAGAUCACAGCUGUAGAAGCUGAACAUCUGUUAAAACGGAAACCUGAUAUUGUGACUCCCAAUGGUCUGAACGUCAAGAAGUUCUCUGCUAUGCAUGAAUUCCAAAACCUCCAUGCCCAGAGCAAAGCUCGUAUCCAAGAGUUUGUCCGGGGCCAUUUCUAUGGGCAUCUGGACUUCAAUCUUGACAAAACUAUUUUCUUCUUCAUCGCUGGACGCUAUGAAUACUCCAACAAAGGAGCUGACAUUUUCUUGGAAGCCCUAGCCAGGCUCAACUACCUGCUGAGGGUGAAUGGAAGCCAGAUUACAGUGGUAGCGUUUUUUAUCAUGCCAGCUAGGACAAACAAUUUCAACGUGGAGACGCUAAAAGGCCAGGCCGUCCGCAAGCAGCUCUGGGACACAGCCAAUGCAGUGAAAGAGAAGUUUGGCAAAAAACUGUACGAAUCCCUCCUUGUGGGGAACCUUCCUGACAUGAACAAAAUGUUGGACAAAGAAGAUUUCACAAUGAUGAAGAGAGCCAUCUUUGCCACUCAGCGCCAUUCUUUCCCCCCAAUCUGUACUCACAACAUGCUGGACGAUUCUACCGACCCCAUUCUCAACACCAUUCGGCGCAUCGGCCUCUUCAACAGCAGUGCUGACCGUGUCAAGGUCAUCUUCCAUCCAGAAUUUCUGUCUUCCACUAGUCCCUUGCUUCCAGUUGACUAUGAAGAAUUUGUUAGAGGCUGCCAUUUGGGGGUAUUCCCUUCUUAUUAUGAGCCAUGGGGCUACACUCCAGCUGAAUGCACUGUUAUGGGCAUCCCCAGCAUUUCCACCAACCUCUCUGGCUUUGGCUGCUUUAUGGAGGAACACAUAGCGGAUCCAUCUGCCUACGGGAUCUACAUCUUGGAUAGACGUUUCCGGGCCUUGGAUGAGUCGUGCACACAGUUGACCUCUUUCCUCUACAGUUUCUGCCAGCAGUCACGGCGGCAGCGCAUUAUCCAGAGAAACCGCACAGAGAGGCUUUCUGAUCUCUUGGAUUGGAAAUACCUAGGAAGGUAUUACAUGUAUGCCCGGCAUAUGGCCCUUGCAACGGCGUUCCCUGAUAACUUCACCUAUGAGCCACAUGAAACAACCGCGGCUCAGGGUUUCCGCUACCCACGCCCAGCCUCGGUACCACCGUCUCCUUCCAUCUCCCGCCACUCCAGCCCCCAUCACAGCGAGACCGAAGAGGAUGAUGAACGGUAUGAUGAGGAAGAAGAGGCAGAAAAGGACAGGCAGAACAUCAAGCCCCCAGCAAUGAUGGGUCCAGUCCCUGAGUGGCGCAAGCGCUCCAAGAAGGGGUCUAGUGAGGCCAGCACUUCCUCCAAUGCUAGCACUCCCACCCUCCCCAGCAGCCCCAGUGACCUCAGCAGCCCCACCAGUUCUCUGAUCGAAGAGAAGAAUUAGGUAGGCAGAAUGGUUGUGCUGACUCGCCUGCCCGCUCUUUCCCACGCCUCCCCCUUCCUCAAGAGGUCAGCUUGUUACCUAGUGCUGCAUUCUGAAAUAAGCCUAGAGUGUAGGUUCUAGGAUGUUCCAGACAGAAGUGGUGGGGGCUCGCACUUGACGUAGUUCAAUUAAAGACCAGUAAGAUAGUCUUCUCUGGAUCAAAUAAUGCAAAGGGUGGAGGGCCUCUUUUUUUUGGAAUGGGUCAGGAAAUGACCCUUUGACUCUUUUGGGGAACACAAGAUACAUUCUUGGGUUCAGCAGGACUAGAAAUGUGAGGUCACACAUUUCCUCCUCCCAGUCACCCUCCAUGUGAUGUUUUGGAAGGCACUCUCUAGAUCUUAAGAACCUUGCUGCAUUUUUUAAAACAAUAAUAAUGGGAGAAAAGGGAAAAUGGGAGGCCUUCAUGGGAGGGACACAGGAGAGAUCUAAUGUUGCCUUCCCUUCCCUACCACCAAAGGUUUCAUUGAGUCAGAAACAGAGGAGACCUUUUAAAGGCUGCUCAUAAAAUGAGUGCAUGGAAACAUUAUUACCUUGUUUGGUAACCCUAGAUUGUUGGCAUAGAGGCCCCAUGAGGAUGUAUGGUGAGCAGGAUUUUAGAGUGAUCUGGAGGUCUAUGAAAGACAGUGUAUUGCUUGGAGUUUGGAAACUUUCUUUAAAAGCUAUGACUGCUCUUCUGUCGACAGAGCCUUUUUUUAAAGGAAAAUAGGGUCUUUCACAAUAUAUCCAGACUAUUUCAAUUCAUACUUUGGGACUGUUUGCCAGUUUCCUCUGCCUGUUUCUGGAAAGGAAUUUGCAAAGCCAUUUAGAGCAAAGAUUCUAACAAAAGGCAGGUCUUCUGAAAUGUGCAAUUGUAGAAAGAUCUGAAAAAGUGCCUAUGGUACAGGAUACAGAAUCUGGCUGGGAAAAUAAAGCAGCUUUCCUGCUUGAUCUUUUCCAGCCUGUUGUUCUCCAGAUGUGCUGGGCUUCAACUCCCAUCAUCCUCAGCCAGCAUGAUCAGGGUUCAGGGAUGGGUAUUGUAAAGUGUCCAAAGGAUCUAAAUGUGCAUUUAUAUGGGAUUUUAAGGUGCAAGGAAACCUAGGUCUACCUUGCCGCAUAAAUUGCUCUCAUGUAGCUCCAUCAUGACACACAGAAAUUAAUUCCUUUUCAACAGACUGAAAAAAGUUAGUGGUUUUCUAGAGCUGCCUUUGGAACUUAAAAAAUGGAAUUUAUCCCAGGGACGUUCAAGAGCAUUCUAGAAUGAUUCCAAGGGUGAUGAUUAUUCACUCUGCACAGACCGUGAUGAAUUUAAGAAGACAGCAGGGUCAAGGCAAGCAGAACUACUGCAUGCUUAAAACCUCUGGAAGAAGCUAGGUGAGAGCCUUCUAAAAUGCGUUUUGCUUAAGAAAAGUAAUAAUAGGGUUACUAUAGUAAUGCUAGUCCAAGCUUUCCAAGUUGGAUACCCCAGAUGCAUGAGUACAACCUCACUAUCAUCCUAGCUAGGCUUAAUGGGAGUUACAGUCUAGCACAUCCUAAGCCAGUCUAAAAUCCAUCAGCUUCCCAGCUUCCAUCCUUAAUCUUAAUGCGAGACAAAGAACUCUGGACUAAAGUAAAGUCCAUCACAUUGCCCAUCAGGUUAAACCCCUUGCUGUUUCUGUUAGAAUGAUGAUGCUGGCUAUCUGUGCUCUAGAUUGGUUUAGCUCCGAGAAUCAGCCAGACCUGUUGAACUCUUCUAUCAAAUGCUGUAACAUUUAGGAUGAGGGUUCUGCUGACAAUGCAGUACAAAAUGGGGUGAUCCUGCACCAGGGAUGACAGAGUAUAUGACCAAAACAGGUAUUAUAGUACAGACAUGCAGCGAGGGAAGUACUCCUGGAGGCUGUAAGACUUAAUUAGCUGGUAUAUGGAUAAUACCCAGUCCAGCAUGAGGCAACUACCUCAAAAGGCAGAGCAAAUGCCAUUGUACACAAGAACCCUUUCUGUUCUGCAUCUCCUGCCAACUUUUUCAAUACGGAAAAUCAUUUUUUUUAUAAAAAAAAAUCUUGUGAAGCUCCUCUUUCUCACAAUCCUUUGAUGCAAUCAUGCAUAAAGAACCAGGUAUUUGGGGAUGCAGCUCCCCAAAUUCCCAGCCAACUCGGCUCUAAACAUGGGGAGACACGGUUCUAACAUAGCGGAAGGACACCAGAUUGGGCCAUAAGCCCCUUUUCUCUUUUCUCCAACUUUCCCCACCUCAGAUUUUUAUUUAUGGAUGUUCAAAAGAAAUGCUUGAAUUUUUGUGUCUCUUUCUCCCUGCCCCUUGUGUGGAAAAACAAGCUAUGAAAAAAGCUGGGUGUAAGACAAACAUAAAUGAUUUCAGAAUAAAAUUUGCUUUGGAAAUUGUUUUGGAAAAUAGGAAGUGUGCCUUGUGCUGCAGAAUAGCUCUUCUAAAUCUGCUUUCAGGUCCUUGGGACCACAUCGUUGUCCUAGGCAGAAUUAGCCAACAAUCAAAUAAUAGGUGCUAAACGCUAAAGCCUGUUGGAUUGCUGAUGGCCCCACUGGAAAGGUAGCCACUUCAUAGGAAUGGGUGGCGAUGAUUCAAAAAGGUGUGUCUGAGUUACACAAUUAUUGACUUUCUGAUGACUGCAUUAACUGUAUUUAACACUUUUUUUUUUAGUACAUGCAGAUAGGGCAAUUACGAGUACAUAGUCCUGUAUACUUAACACUCAGGCUCAAAACGUACUUGCCCGUUUAAAUCAACUCAUACCCAAACCUUAAACUUCAUUAUAAUUACAAAUUCUGCAAUACGGACGGUUUCCAUUAGAUAAGCAGAGUUGGGAGUGAGUUUGCAAAGUGCAAACUACCACCGUGCAACCUUCCUAUGUGGGCACCUUCUAACUGUAUUGGUGUCUACAGGUCCAGAUUCUGCGGAGUUGGCAAAUGAAUCCUUUCUGACCACAGUUGCUGUAAAUUAGCAAUGUGAUUCCUUGCAACAUAGUGAUCAGCAGUAUAGAGACUCCAUAAGUGAAACAAGCUUAAAAUCCCCACUAAGAGCCAGAAAAAAAUUGUCCUACCCACAUUUGUGACACAGCCCUAUCAGUUUUUUUUCCUGUGGUUCCUUAUCUAGAACUUCCAAUUCCACAUGGCUAUUAUCUCAAAUCUUUCCUUAGCAGCAAAUGAAGUUUACGUUAGGAGCAUUCCAUGUUUGACUCAUUUACACGUGUUAGUUGGUCACUAUUUGUGACUGAAUACUGGAUUAGGGGGACGCGGUGGCACAGCGGCUUAAUGAC